AUGCUGGAAAGACUAGCCAACCCUCUGGUCUCCAAGAUGGGGCUAUGGUCCAACCUACAUACAGGCGACCAGCUGGAAGAGCGAGCCCACGGUGCUAUCCUCGGCCACACGACGGGAAUUGGCAAGACGAGGCAAAUGUUCCUGGUGAUCGCCGUCCUACGGCUGAUCUAUCUCUGUAAUCUUGACGUGCAGGAGAACCCGCACCGCCACAUCACGUCCAUCUAUACCGGCCCUCGGGACUGUCCCUCGGAGUGGAAGUUUGGGAUCCGAUGCGUAUGCAACCGCAACGGUCUUAGCAGCCGGCUGAUAGCGACCCCGCUGGUGUCUCAGCAGCACAACUUCCCUCACGUAUUUAUUACAGGAGCCAAUCUGGUAGGCCAGGCCCUCAGAGACGCCAACGCCUUUCCACGACGAGAUUACAUCACCGUUUCCUAA